AUGAAGGUAAAGAAGGAAACAACAAUAAAUGAAAAAAAUUACUAUAUUCAGAAUAACUGUGAAGAAACUACACUCGAGCUAGGGUUUGCAUCUCAUCUCUCCUCUCCUCUCCUCUCCUCUCCUCUCCUCGCCUUCUUUGGAGUUCUCGGAGCCAUAUCGAAUCGUUACAGCGUCCGUUCAGCGAGAUUCAUCUACUGUCGACGACCCCUUUUCAAUCCAGGGUUUGCAGAUGAUAGUUCCUUGAGUGGCACUGUUGAACAUU